GUUAUAAUUGUGGGAAUAUUUUGUCCCCUUUGUCCAUUUUGGGGGUCGUGGGUGCUGGAGUGUUAUAAAUCCCGGGGGUGAUUUGGGGGGUUGGGGUUGCAGAUGAAUUAGAUUCUCUCUCGUUAUUGGCCAGUUUUUGGAUAACCAGCACAUCAUGAAUGGGGCGCGGUCAAAAGUCAUCCAAAGGUUGCGGGGGUCACGCAGAAUGAAAAGAUGCGGGGAGCAGCUUCUCAUCGCCUCUGAGCGGCGCCGGGACAAAGAUGCGAGUCGCACACUAUUGAAAAUGCGUGACUUUACGUCUUCCCACCUGACCGUGGCAUCUCUGAGCUGCGUGUGAAUGCGGGUCUGUGGUAAACUGACGGGCGUCUAGACGAGCAGCACGUAAACAACAUGUUUUGCGAGACCUGACGCGCCUUGUGCUGUAAAAUCAGAACACGUUUUCACAAAGUGCUCUUUGGUUUGCGCACAGAAUCCACUAUUCCCAUGUGUUUGCAUAUUGCGCAAAUCCGCCGGACGUGCCCGAGUUUAACCGUGGAAACAUAACCAACAACAACAACGCCAGUGUCUCGGGGAGAAAGCAGCUCAUUACCUUGUUUAUGAAUGACACCUCUAUAAAUUCUGUCUGGACGCGUUUUACGUUGGAUUUCUCACCGGAAUGUUUGGCUCCGUGCGCACGGUUGUUGGGACAGCUUGCCACACCACGACCCCACGCUUUCUUUGAUGUUUUUACAAUGUUUGUCCAGUUGCUUGGCGCACGGUUCUGCUUCAUAAAAGUUUCAGACUCCGGACGACGAUGGGGGCGGUCAGAGAGGGGCUGCCCUUUCCACCUCCAUUCACACUGUGAAAGGCUGAUGCUGCGUCCCUCGCUCUCUCAUUGUGCUUCUCCGUUCGCUUAUUUCGCUGUUUGAGGGGAUCGACCUGAAUGAGAGUUUGUCUAUUGUUGCACGAGUUUUGUUUUGACCAUGAAGGCGAUGAUUUCAUGAAGCCACAUUUUUAAUUUAUUUUUUAAAAACUUAUUCUCCGUAUAUAUUUUGUUCACCGAGUAUCCAGCCCAGGGAAACACGCUGCGUGUGAAUACUUCUUUCCUCUCUGCGCACAGCUUGACUUUUACGCACUACACGGAUGACUACGUUUGAAAAAAUAUCGACAGUAAUUGUCUGCCUUUAUUUGAGGACCUAAAUAAGGAAUGGAAUUACCGUUUGGGAGAAUAAUGCAAACGGGCAACAAUGUAUAAGAUUUCUCGUCAGCUCUUGAAGGAUAUACAUCUUAAAGAAACACACUGUAGUGACGCCCCCAACUCAAAAAUCCCAGGACUGAGUCGGAUAUGUGCGUGUUUGUUGAUGCUCCUGCUUUGCGAACUCUCCGACUUUUCUUUGUGUGCAAGUGUGGCGGGAUCCAGUGUUGAACAUGAAGGACUUUGCCCCAACAAGCUGAACUCUAACCUCUGGGUUGAUGCACAAAGCACCUGCGAGAGAGAAUGCAACGUUGACGAGGACUGUGCAGACUUUGAGAAAUGCUGCACUAACGUCUGUGGCCUCAACAGCUGUGUGGCUGCACGUUUCUCUGAUGGCUCCUAUGCACAGCCAGGUGGAGGCAAAGGCGACGAUACCCCCACGUCCACAGCGACCUGUGAGGGCUUUAUCUGCAGCCAGCAAGGAGCAACCUGUGACAUCUGGGAGGGGCAGCCCAUCUGCAAAUGUCAGGACCGCUGCGAGAAGGAGCCCAACUUCACCUGUGCUUCAGAUGGCCUCACCUACUUCAACCGCUGCUACAUGGACGCAGAGGCCUGCAUCCGUGGGGUCUCUUUGAAUGUGGUCCCCUGUCGUUUCUACCUUGCCGGGCCGCACACCAGUCCACUGCCUCAGGACACUACAGCUAAUCCCACACCUACAUCGUCUCAGGAGGAGCCUCUGCCUCCAGCUCUGUACUCCAACCCUCACCAUCAGUCCAUCUACGUCGGCGGCACAGUCAGCUUCCACUGUGACGUCAUUGGAGUCCCAAAACCUGACGUGACAUGGGAGAAACAAAGUGAACGGCGAGAAAGGCUGGUCAUGAGGCCUGACCAGAUGUAUGGCAACGUGGUCAUCACAAACAUCGGACAGCUGGUCAUUUACAACGCCCAGGUGUGGGACACAGGUAUCUACACCUGCAUCGCACGGAACCCAGCAGGAGUUCUCCACGCAGACUACCCGCUGUCCGUCAUCCGUCGAGCCGAUGAUGAUUUCUUUGAGGAUCCUGAGAUGCCCAUGGGGAGACCGUUCUCACCGGCAGAUUGUCUGGCUGACGUAGACCUGAGGGUGUGCAGCGGAGAACGCCACGUGGAUUGGUAUUAUGAUACCAAGCUGGGAUCUUGUAUGCCGUUCAGUAACGGUGGAUGUGACGACAGUCGCAACCGAUUUGAGACUUAUGAGGAGUGUAAAGCCUCCUGUCAGAGAGCGGGAAUGGGCAUCUGCUUCCUGCCUGCUGUUCAGGGACCCUGUAAAUCUUGGGAGGCACGCUGGGCCUGGAACUCCAUCAUGAAGGAGUGCCAAGCCUUUGCCUAUGGUGGCUGCCAUGGGAAUGCCAACAGCUUCCGCACCAAAAAGGAGUGUGAAGCAAACUGUCCAGAGCCCAAAAGGAAACCUUGUAAGACCUGUCGAGUGAAGGGGAAAAUGGUGCCCAGCUUAUGCCGCAGUGACUUUGCCAUUGUAGGGCGACUGACGGAGCUGGUGGAGGAUUUGGACUCUGGGUUAGCUCGCUUUAGCCUGGAGGAGGUCCUGAGAGAUGAAAAGAUGGGGCUGACCUUCUUCAACACCAAACACCUCGAGGUGACUAUCGCCAAGAUAGACUGGAGCUGUCCCUGCCCCAACAUUACCAUGGAGGAAAACCCUUUGCUGGUGAUGGGUGUGGUGCAGGAUGGCAUAGCCGUCAUCCAGUCGGACAGCUACGUCCGAGCAAUAACUGAACGUAGACUCAAGAGGCUACGGGAGGUUCUGAGCAAAAAGGCCUGUGGGGCAUUGUAGUGCUGCCCGGACUUAAACCUGAUCACAGAGCGUCUGUGGUCAGCUUUACAUUAAGUACUAGCAAGUAAAGCAUCAACAUUUUCAGAGUGAGAGAGAGAUCAUUUUAUGAACUAAACAAUCCGUGUUGUAUAUUUAUCACAGCACAUGUUGUACUACAUUCCAGAUGUGUCCAGAUUUAUAAUAAUGCAGAAAUGCUCCUUUAAAAUUAGUCUAAAUAUAGAUAUUAUUCGUUUUGACAUGUUUUCUAUAUUUUUCCUAUUAUUUUGGGCUCUUUCAUUUAGUGUGUUUUCUAUAG